AGACACUGGUGGAGAGGUAGUGCUACUUAGUUUUCAUGUCACAAUGCAAGCCAAAGCCAACGGCUCAGAUUGAGUUCAGAGCAGCAGCCACAAGAGAUAUAUCAUCAUUGGUACUUGGCCUUCUUUCUCCCGUAUUCAAAUCCAACCAAAAUAUUGUAGGUUGUGUCCGCUUAGCUUCUUUUAGAUGGCUUCUCUGAUCAUGUCAUUUGCUCCAGCAACAGGAACAGUGUUUGCAGCAACAGCUGCAAAGGGUGCAGGUGGUAGCAAGGAGGAGAAAGGAUUAUUUGAUUGGAUUCUGGGGGGCUUACAGAAGGAAGAUCAGCUACUAGAGACUGAUCCUAUACUCAAAAAGGUGGAGGAAAAAAGUGGAGGCACCACCAAUGGCCGCAAGAACUCUGUGACUGUGCCACCAACGAAGAAGGGUGCUUUUGGGGGGUUGUUUGCAAAGAAUUGAAGGAAUUUUCAUGCAAUUACCUUGUUCAAUUGCAUGCAUUAUAUUCCUUUCCAUUUAGCUUUUAAUCUAUUGACCAUUAUGGAAUCUUGA